AUGAGAAUAGCACUUGCGUUUCUACUAUUCGUUCUGGCUGCUGUGACUGUGGAAAGCGUGGGAGUGGAGCAGAAGAGCGCACCGCCGAGCACCGCCGCCGCCGCCGUCAACCCGAACUUUGGACACGCCAACUCGGCACUUUGGAAGAACAAGGGGUGAGUGGAAGCUCCGAUGAAAUGGAAUCAAAAUGUUCAGAAAGCAACGUGAAAAGCGUUACGGUGGCUACUAUGGCGGUUACGGUGGCUAUGGAUACGGUGGAUACGGUGGCUAUGGAUACGGCGGUUAUGGAGGAGGAUGGAGAGGCGGUUACGGUGGAUACGGCGGUUAUGGAGGCUAUGGAGGAGGCUAUGGUGGAUACGGCGGUUACGGUGGUUACGGCGGAGGCUGGCGGGGUGGAUUCGGAUUCAGUGCAGGAUUCGGUGGCGGAUACGGUGGCUACGGCGGAGGAUGGAGGAGGAGGUGA